AUAAAUUUCAAACAACCGUGAACUGAGUUACUGUUCAAAUACACUUUCUAUUACGUUUCGUCCAAAAUUUAGCAAAAACAACAUGAAAGUUCUAACAUUUGCUGUGGUGUUUCUAGCAUGUUACUGCUGUGUCACACUUUCAUCAAGUACUCCUAAAAAAUGUACACAACCUGGACUCUUUUGCGAAACGUGUUCCAGUUUAGUGGCAUGUAUUGAAAGCGCGAACUCUACAUUUAUCAAAGAGCCUAUAAACACGUGUGAUUCCCCCAGUAGUUGCGUUGGAGGUACUUGCGUCAUGAAUACAACAGAUCCAUUUUGUAGUGGCCUUGCCGACUUGAAGUUUAUUUGCAGACAUGUGGGAAUUUUUCCAGAUCCUUUCUAUUGUAAUAAAUUUGUUAUAUGUGUGGAUACAGGCAGUAAUAGUCUUCAGCCAUAUGUUAACGAAUGUGAAGAUGGAUUUCAGUAUAAUAUAUUCAAUUCUUUAUGCGAUAUCAAACUGGUAGAUGGAGAGUGUAGGGAAGGAAUAUAUCCCGUGCCUUUGUGUAGACUACAUGGUCAGAGUACCGCUUUGGCAGCAAAACCUCAGAUGUACUACGUAUGCGAACGAUACAGUGAAUCAAAGGAUGUUCUUUAUCCAGUUCAGAACGUGUGUCCAGGUGGACAGGUUUAUGAAAAUUAUGUGUGUGGAAAGGAUACAUUUACGACGGCAGUACCCACAAUGAAAACUGAACAAACUAUUUUUUCUUAAUAUUAUAGGUAUUGUAACAGUUUUAUAAUGUUUCAUGAAUAGACUUUCUUCUUGUCAAAAUUA